AUGAGCCUCAGUGAGGAGCAGGCCCGGAGCUUUCUCGACCAGAACCCCGAUUUCGCCCGCCAGUACUUUGGGAAGAAACUGAGCCCCGAGAAUGUGGCUGCGGCCUGCCAGGAUGGGUGCCCGCCGGACUGCGACACCUUCCGGGAGCUCUGCCAGGUGGAGGAGAGCGAGGUGCUGCUGGAGCUGGUGCAGGACAUGCAGGAGAACAUCAACAUGGAGCGCGUGGUCUUCAAGGUCCUGCGGCGCCUCUGCACCCUCCUGCAGGCCGACCGCUGCAGCCUCUUCAUGUACCGCCAGCGCAAUGGCGUGGCCGAGCUGGCCACCAGGCUCUUCAGCGUGCAGUCAGACAGCGUCCUGGAGGACUGCCUGGUGCCCCCCGACUCCGAGAUCGUCUUCCCGCUGGACAUCGGGGUCGUGGGCCACGUGGCUCAGACCAAGAAGAUGGUGAAUGUCAAGGACGUGGAUGAGUGCCCUCACUUCAGCUCAUUUGCUGACGAGCUCACUGACUACAAGACAAAGAAUAUCCUGGCCACACCCAUCAUGAAUGGCAAAGACGUCGUGGCAGUGAUCAUGGCGGUGAACAAGCUCAACGGCCCAUUCUUCACGAGUGAAGACGAAGACGUGUUCUUGAAGUACCUGAAUUUCGCCACGUUGGACCUGAAGAUCUAUCACCUGAGCUACCUCCACAACUGCGAGACGCGCCGCGGCCAGGUGCUGCUGUGGUCGGCCAACAAGGUGUUUGAGGAGCUGACGGACAUCGAGAGGCAGUUCCACAAGGCCUUCUACACGGUGCGGGCCUACCUCAACUGCGAGCGCUACUCCGUGGGCCUCCUGGACAUGACCAAGGAGAAGGAAUUUUUUGACGUGUGGCCUGUGCUGAUGGGAGAGUCCCAGCCGUACUCGGGCCCACGCACACCGGAUGGCCGGGAAAUCGUCUUCUACAAAGUGAUCGACUACAUCCUGCACGGCAAGGAGGACAUCAAGGUCAUUCCCACACCCCCAGCCGAUCACUGGGCCCUGGCCAGCGGCCUUCCAAGCUACGUGGCGGAAAGCGGCUUUAUUUGUAACAUCAUGAAUGCUUCCGCUGAUGAAAUGUUCAAAUUUCAGGAAGGGGCCCUGGAUGACUCCGGGUGGCUCAUCAAGAAUGUGCUGUCCAUGCCCAUUGUCAACAAGAAGGAGGAGAUCGUGGGGGUCGCCACGUUUUACAACAGGAAAGACGGGAAGCCGUUUGACGAACAUGACGAGGUUCUCAUGGAGUCCCUGACACAGUUCCUGGGCUGGUCAGUGAUGAACACCGACACCCACGACAAGAUGAACAAGCUGGAGAACCGCAAGGACAUCGCACAGGACAUGGUCCUUUACCACGUGAAGUGUGACAGGGACGAGAUCCAACUCAUCCUGCCAACCAGAGCACGCCUGGGGAAGGAGCCUGCUGACUGCGAUGAGGACGAGCUGGGCGAAAUCCUGAAGGAGGAGCUGCCAGGACCCACCACAUUUGACAUCUACGAAUUCCACUUCUCUGACCUGGAGUGCACUGAACUGGACCUGGUCAAAUGUGGCAUCCAGAUGUACUACGAGCUGGGCGUGGUGCGAAAGUUCCAGAUCCCCCAGGAGGUCCUGGUGCGGUUUCUGUUCUCCAUCAGCAAAGGCUACCGGAGAAUCACCUACCACAACUGGCGUCAUGGCUUCAACGUGGCCCAGACGAUGUUCACGCUGCUCAUGACCGGCAAACUGAAGAGCUACUACACAGACCUGGAGGCCUUCGCCAUGGUGACAGCUGGCCUGUGCCACGACAUCGACCACCGUGGCACCAACAACCUGUACCAGAUGAAGUCCCAGAACCCCUUGGCUAAACUACACGGCUCCUCGAUUUUGGAGCGGCACCACCUGGAGUUCGGGAAGUUCCUGCUCUCCGAGGAGACCCUGAACAUCUACCAGAACCUGAACCGGCGGCAGCACGAGCACGUGAUCCACCUGAUGGACAUCGCCAUCAUCGCCACGGACCUGGCCCUGUACUUCAAGAAGAGAGCGAUGUUUCAGAAGAUCGUGGAUGAGUCCAAGAACUACGAGGACAAGAAGAGCUGGGUGGAGUACCUGUCCCUGGAGACCACCCGGAAGGAGAUCGUCAUGGCCAUGAUGAUGACAGCCUGCGAUCUCUCUGCCAUCACCAAGCCCUGGGAAGUCCAGAGCAAGGUCGCACUCCUUGUGGCUGCAGAGUUCUGGGAGCAAGGUGACUUGGAAAGGACAGUCUUGGAUCAGCAGCCCAUUCCUAUGAUGGACCGGAACAAGGCGGCCGAGCUCCCCAAGCUCCAAGUGGGUUUCAUCGACUUCGUGUGCACAUUCGUGUACAAGGAGUUCUCCCGUUUCCACGAAGAGAUCCUGCCCAUGUUUGACCGACUGCAGAACAACAGGAAGGAGUGGAAGGCACUGGCUGAUGAGUACGAGGCCAAAAUGAAGGCUCUGGAGGAGGAGAAGAAGGAGGAGGAGAGGGUGGCGCUCAAGAAAGUAGGCACAGAAAUUUGCAAUGGCGGCCCAGCACCCAAGUCUUCAACCUGCUGUAUCCUGUGA